AUGAUGAGUACGGGUGCGGAAAUAGAGGCGAUGAGAGAAGAGGUGAGCCGCGACGAGGCGGGGGCGUUGGAGGCAACACAAGCGGUGGAGUCGGCCCUGCAGCGGUAUCGCAGUCAUGUACGCGGGAAAAUACUCGGGGAGGCGCUUGUUGAGUCCUCAACCCUCGCCGCCGCGGCGCUGGAGGAGAUGACGCAGUCGCAUGCCCGGACAGUGGAGGAGCUGAACGCACAAAUUGCGGGGCUGCAGGAACAGAUGUUCGAGGCGGCGGCAGUCAUUGAGGCACUUGGAGGACAAAUUGCGGGGGACACAAACACUUCUUCGUCCCCCUCCGUGGCGCGACGCUCAUUCGCUCUGGAUGUGUGCACCACCUCACGUGAAAAGGGAGAUGAGAGCACACGGAUGCCCACAGAAACGGAGGAACUUCGGUUAACGGAGGAAAACCAGCAGCGCCUUUCAUCCCUGGGGGAGUCGACAUCCGAUGCGUUUCAUACGGCGCAGAGUGGCAGUCGUGGCACAGGCAGAACCGCCCCGCCGGAGAUUGACGUGACUCACUCCGCACUCUAUGCAGAACUGCUUCAAUGUCGUGGCACGCUAAAGUUACAGCAACAGCAGCAGGCAGCAAUGAAAACGCAAAUGAAGGAGUUGACUGCGUUGUUAUCAAGGGUGGUGAAGGAGAACGCCACGUAUCGGCAAGAAAUUCAACUGCUGCGUGCGACAACUGUUCCUGUGGAGGAGCACAGGCAAAUCCUUCAUGGGCGUGAUGCCCUGGAGCAGGAGUGUCGUUACAAGGAACUGGAAUUGCAGCAUCUAAAAGAAGAACUGGAAACGGCGUUGAACGGCUUCAUUUCGCAGCCGCAGGAAGGGACGAGCCUACUUGAUGUGGGUGUCAUUCAUGAAGGUGCCCCUGUACUGCCUUCACAACCCUCCUCAUCGUUCAUGUCAGCAGCACCGAGGGGGGAUGUCACACACGGCACGGGUGAGAAGGAUACAAUCGUGUGUUCUUCUCACAUUUCAACGGCGGAGGGUUUGGCUUCUGAGCCCAGUUGGAACGAGGAGGGGUUGCAGCAUGCGGGCCUUUGGAAGACGGCAAUUCGUGAGCUGGAGCAGCAGGCAGUUCUUGCCGCAUCUCAACUAUCCGCAGCCGAACGACUGCGUGAGGCAGAGAGUCGCAUUGAAGAACUGGAGGCGAUCCAGGCGGAACUGCGCACCUCGCUGGAAACGUUGGAGGCGGAGGACAAAUGUGUACGGGAGGACUGUGGGCAACUGGUAUUCCGCAAUGCGGUCCUGUCUCAACAAGUAGCCUCCCUGCUUGUACGAGUUGAACGGCAGCGCCGUGCAUUGGAGCGGCAGGAGAAGAUGAAUCUGUUGGUGGAAGAAGGGGAUGCCGUUUCCGACUCGGAAAUACUUCUCGCAGGCGAGGAGCCUCUCCGUCCGGACAGCCGCCGUGCACAGAGGGGCCGCGUGGCAUCAGCCGUUCAGUCCCUCCUGGAGCGUCGCCGUGCCGUCUCUGCGUUCGCCCCAUCGUCGCCGUCGGCGGGAGGAGCUGCAGAGAUGACAAGAGGAGGAGGGGAUGGUCGUGGCAGUUUUUUGGAUCUGACGCUUCAGCCCGCCGAACCGCUGGAAGUUGAGGGCGGCUUGCGAACAGGGCUGGGAGUGUUCGCCAGGAACUCACACCGUCCGCGCCGCUCGCUGGCGUUGCGCAACUUGGGUUCUCCAUCCGUAGAGGUGGACUUCACGCGCGUUCCGCAGCUCCCGGCGACCGAUCAGCUCACCGGUGUCGCGCUGGGACGCCCAUCGCAUUACGCGACACUUGACCCCGCCCGGCUCACGACAGCAGAUAACAGCAGCGGCAGCAGCAGUCGUCACACGAAUCAUAACGGUUUUCACAGCGUAGGCUCAUCGGGCUCUGCCACAAAGACUUUAUUUGUGAGCGACAACACAGAGGAGAACAGGCAGUUUCUUGAGCUCCUCCGCGAAGACGAGAACUUGGACCGCUACUCCAUCAACUCCGUGACAGAGCUGCUGCAGCGCAACCAAGAGUUGUUGCAGCAGCUGUACGUGGCGACAAAACGUGCUGAAUCAGCGGAGCGGCGUCACCAGGAAAGAGACAGUGAAGAGAAUGUAGUGGAGGAAGGGGAAAGUCGGGCUGCUUCUGACGUGGAGGCCGCGCAGCCGCAUCGCAGAGUUUGUCGGAAGCGCAGUAGGGAAGAGGCAUCGUCUACGGAAUUGCACUCACAGCAGCAGCAGCAGCAGCAAGUGGUGGAAGAGGAGGGUGAACGUGGUGGAAGGAGCACACCGCAGAGACAUACGCUCCGUCAUGGUUAUUACAAUGAAGAGGGGGGGGACGAAUGGCGACAGUCCUUCAAGGCACCCGAUGACCGCUACGUGCAGUUGGAGGAGCAUUUGGACGGGCAAAUUGAUGCCGUGCUGCGGAACCAUGAGUCACAGCUGAUUUUAACCGACAACGGUCUGGCUGCUUCGCUUCUUCGCAUCAUGGAGCUUGGGCGAAAACCGGGUGAUGGUUACGGCAGUAGUAGUAUUAGUAGUCUCCGUUGCCACAGCAGCAACACGGAGGAGGCAUCCGCAGUGGAAGCCACAACAAACAGCAUGAAAGAUGCUGUUGUGACGUCUCUUGUGCGUCUGUGCACAGAACUGGGGGUGCAGACGGUCAACCAGGCUGUUACUCUUGCCUCAGUCCAGCAGUCUGAGCACGCGGAGAUGAUGCAGAAGUGCUGGGCGGAGGCACAGCGUGUCCUCCUACGCUCCGCAGCGGAACUACAGGCGGCCGUUGCCAGUUUACCGCACCCUGUGCAGUACACGGAGGCGAAGCAGAUGGAGGAAGCCGCUAUGGAAGGGGCGGGUGGUCGCAAUGAAAACGACGAGGUGCAACUGCUACAAAACAUCACAAGUCUUCUGCGCACAGCGUCUCUGAAGGAGCAUAGCAUUCAGCGUGUCCUCCAAUUGGCUGCUCGGCGCCAGCGGGCGGCGAAACGCGUUUGUGGGGAACAACGACAAGAAACAGAUAAUGAUGAUGAUGAUGAUGAUGAUGAUGAUGAUCUGGACAAUGAUCAGCAGGUCCUGCGGAAGCUAAAAGUGCAACUUGAAGGAGUUCAGACGCAGUACGAAAAGCUUCUUGCCGCCCAUCACGAGGAGCGGAAGCAGCACACCGCUCUGCUGGACCGCAUGUGGCGAAUGGAGGAAGAAAAAGUUGACGCCGUACGGUCCCGUGACGAGGCGUUGGAGCGCAUGACAUGGAUGAUGACACGCGAGGAGUAUGAAGCGACGGUUGACGCACUUGAUGCUGCAAAGACGACCAUAGAAGACCUGGAAGCGCAGCUGCGAUACGCACAGGAGACAAACAACCAGCAGCUGGCGGAAGUUGAUCGAUGGCGACAGGUGAGCCUUGACCACGAGCGACAACGCGAGGAAGACGCUGCAAUUGUGGCGACGCAGCUGGCAGAGAAGGAUCGUCUUAUCGCCCAAUUUGUGCAGCAGCACCAGCAGAUUGAGUCACACAACAGCGAGCUUCUGGCGAGCAUUUGUCGGAUGGAAGCAAAUGCAACGCAGCAACGAGAGAAAAUUGCGUCACAGGAUGACCAUGAAAGGGCGCUUCGAGAACAACUGCGCCGUGCGGAGCUUGCGCUACUGGAACAGCAAUGCACGCAGGACUUGCUGUUUGCCAUAUUCCCUGGCGAUCGUGCGUUGGAGGAGAACCGCAAUUUAAUUCAGGCGAUGCGUGCUGAGAAGGAACGACUCGCGGAGACAGUGGCGUCGUUGCAGCUUGAACUCGAGAAUGUCCACCGCGACUUGGCCUCCGCACGACUGCAGAUACAUGCGGCGGAGCAGGCACGUCAGGAGGCGGAGUUGCAGCUACAUGAGGUCUCGUUAAGCCGGGCCAACGUUGUACCUGCCGCAAUGUUGUCAUCAGCCCCAACGGCAGAGGGAAUGCCAACAACAACAACGGCAUCCGCGACGGGGACGGUGGAGUUGGAAUUGCUGCAGCGCACGAAUGCCUCCCUGUUGGCGGAGAAGCGGGGCUGGACGGAGCGGGAGGCACUUUUGCGUGAGCAACUUGCCGCGCUUGGUCGGGACCCGGUCAGUGAAAACGCGCGACGCUAUGGACUGAAGGCAACACGGAGCUUUGAAGAACAGCUGGUGGAGAUGGACGAGCGGUGCCUGGGACUGCAGACUCGGGUGGCGGAAGCCGAGAAGCUUCGGGACACGGUAGACCAGUUGACCAAGGAUGUGGAAUCCUUGACGACGCAGCUGGAUGCCGCAAGGAAUGCCCUUGCGAUGCAGCAGGAGUCUAAUGAGACGCUUCAGGAGGAAAUGAAGACGAUGGCUGCGGCCAUCCAGCAGAAGGAGGAGUCACAUGAUGCAGUGAAGCUGACAUUGGCAGAGAAGGAGGAACUCAUCAGCAGCAUCAGUGGUGCGAUUAGCACACUUGAAAAGGAAGUGGAGAAAAUGGACGAGCGUCUGCGCGCCAGCGAUGAGGAACGACAGCGACUUUACCAAGAUAAUGUAAAGCUCAUUGAAAACGUCGCAGCGCUUAUGGAGGAUGUGAAGAAGAAAGAGGCGGAACGUAAAGCGGCGCAGGCGGCGUUGGCUCAAGGACUUGCCUCCGCAUCAUCAUCAUCAUCAUAUCGUUGGCGUGGUCGCAGCGCUGGGAGCGGUACCCCAGGGCCCAAGUCCAUCACCGGCUCACUCGGGAAGGCACCGAAUUGA